AUGUUAAUUUUGAAUCUUAACUUUUUUUUUUCUUCUUUGUCUCUAAAAGUUCUGGCCUUGGCUUCUGGUCCUGAGUUAGGACAGCUGACUUUCUUGGGGCUUGUGGGAAUAAUCGAUCCUCCACGGACUGGCGUAAAAGAAGCUGUUACUACACUUAUCACGUCAGGAGUUGCCAUAAAAAUGAUUACUGGAGAUUCGCAGGAGACUGCAGUUGCCAUUGCGAGUCGUCUAGGAUUGUAUUCCAAAAACUCACAGGCAAUCUCUGGAGAAGAAAUAGAUGAUUUGGAUAUUCAGCAGCUUUCUCAAAUAACACCAAAGGUUGCAGUGUUUUACAGAGCCAGUCCCCGACAUAAAUUGAAAAUCAUAAAGUCCCUGCAAAACAACGGUGCAGUCGUGGCUAUGACAGGAGAUGGAGUGAAUGAUGCUGUUGCGCUGAAGGCUGCAGAUAUUGGUGUAGCAAUGGGACAAACCGGAACAGACGUUUGUAAAGAGGCAGCAGAUAUGAUCCUUGUGGAUGACGAUUUUCAGACAAUAAUGUCUGCAAUUGAAGAGGGUAAAGGAAUUUAUAAUAACAUAAAAAAUUUUGUUAGAUUUCAACUGAGCACGAGUAUAGCAGCACUGACUUUAAUCUCACUGGCUACAUUAAUGAACUUUCCUAAUCCUCUCAAUGCCAUGCAGAUCUUAUGGAUCAACAUUAUUAUGGAUGGACCUCCAGCUCAAAGUCUUGGGGUGGAGCCUGUGGAUAAAGAUGUUAUUCAGAAGCCUCCAAGAAAUCUGAAGGACAGCAUUCUGACCAAAAACCUGAUUGUGAAAAUACUGGUUUCGUCCAUAAUUAUCGUGUGUGGAACACUGUUCGUCUUCUGGAGAGAGCUAAGAGACAAUGUAAUAACGCCUCGAGAUACAACCAUGACUUUCACCUGUUUCGUGUUUUUUGAUAUGUUCAAUGCCUUGAGUUCUAGAUCUCAGGCAAAAUCUGUGUUUGAGAUUGGACUUUGCAGUAACAAAAUGUUCUGCUAUGCCGUCCUUGGAUCUAUAAUGGGGCAGCUAUUGGUCAUUUACUUUCCUCCACUUCAGAAAGUUUUCCAAACAGAGAGCCUGAGUAUCUUGGAUUUACUGUUUCUUCUGGGACUCACCUCCUCUGUGUGCAUAGUGACUGAGAUCAUAAAGAAGUUUGAAAGAAGCAAGGAAAAGAUCCAGAAACGUGGAAGUUCUUCUUCGUCAACUUCGUCUUUUCUUGAUGUAUGAUGCAUAUUGCAUUCUUUUGUUUGCAAACUUAGGGAUUGCUGUCUAAGGAUGUAGGAGAAAGCAAAACAAUAUUGGGAGGAUAAAGAAAUCCGAGGGCUUUUGACAAGUCCUUUGUUUCACUGGCUAAUGAUGAACAUUCAUGUUUCAAGACUGUUUAGAAUUUAACUUCCAGCUGUGGGAGUAACAAAUGAAAUUAUGCAACUUUGGUAACACUUUUCCUCAAACAUAAAUUCACUUUUGAGAUUGAAUGGGAUUUUGUGUGUGGGGGGGUUAAAUUAAAGAAAGAUCUAAGCCCAAGUCCCAUUUUCUGCACUUAAAGAGAUAUAACUGUGUAAAAUCCUUCUCUUAGAUAUAAAUAUUUUAGUUUGUUUUUAUUUAAAACAUUGUACUAUUUUACUUUUAUGGUGGUGGGACUUUGCUACUAAUACGAGGAUAAAAAAAUAUUUCAGAGGCAUUCCACUGGGUUUAGAGUCUGUCACAAGAGUGCCAUAUUCUAGCUACUGUAUUUAUUUACUUUAUCCUGCAAUGUGUAAGCGGCUCAAGUACCUUGUGCUACAGGUUUGGUUUGGGUUUUUUUUUUGUAUCCCAAGUUUGGUUUUUUUUUUGCACAGGAUGUGACCGCUGUUGGAUCACUGUUUCUCUUUUCUUUUUCUGUGAUUGAA